ACCGCCACGUAAGGGGUCGGCCGAUGUCGAAGUCUUAACCGAUUUGCGCCUUCUCUACGUAGUACUAACUGUUAUUCUCUCUCGGAUCCCAGCUCGUAGAUUCGGUCGAGGACACUUUCUUUCCCAUCAUUCUUCUGUCGCUCAUUUUUAUAAGAGCCAUCGUACGCGCCGCGAAGAUACCCACAUGACACUCUCCCAUCCUCAGGACGGUCGCCACGUUGCCACUGACAUCGCGGAAAUACCUUACAUUCUGCCCGCAAGGUCCUGGUGGUUUUAUACCAUUUUCUUGUUUAUUGUGAUUCCUUUAUGGUCGGUGAUACCCAUUGCAUGGUCAUUUGUGAUAUACGUAUUGUGGACUGGUAACAUCUGGUUAUUUGGCUGGAAUGGUAGAAUGUGCUUCGCGGUCGCCAUCGGCGAGGUGUUGUUUAGUUUGCACCACUACAGACUUCUCAAGUCUAUAUCUGGACCGCCACCAAAUGGCACGGGUGAUCUGGCCGAGAGGCAGGCAGGUUUUAUCCGUGUCUUGAAGAGUGGCCUUGCAGAUCUUACCGAGGAGAGUUAUGACGAAGAGUCCCUAGAUGAUGCGAGGCCAGGCAGUCCGGCUGAGGCUAUCGUCCAGCUUAAUGCAGACGACCCGCGUGCUGUAGACUUUCGAGAACGGAUGAGAGCGUGGUUCCGCAGAUCAACCUGGUCAUCGGUCAAAAAGCGAGACAUUUAUGCUUACCUCUAUUGGGUGUUUUACAAUAGAGAAAUGCCUCCCUUAGAGUCCCUGGCAGGACGACAGCGGCUGUUAUUAGAUGAAGCUCUUUCAUAUGUAGAGAAACGUGCAGGGAAAGCAAUCCCUGACGAGCCUAGCGUCGGUGUUCAACCUGUCCGUCUCACCAUAGAUGAGGUGAAUGUCAACUGGCGACCUCUCACUUGGUAUGUCAUGGCGCUAGGUGGUAAUUGGGUGCUCAAACAUUGGCUCGUAUCUUCGUACGGCGUACGUUUCGGCUGCUAUAACGGUCUAGAGUACUUUGUGCGCAUACCCGAAUCAUGGGACGCCGUGUAUGAUCGACGUCCGCUCGUGUUCUUGCACGGUCUCGGUUUGGGCAUGUUGCAGUACAAACUUUUCCUCUCCGACCUGUUGAGGAAUCAUUCCGACCGCCCACUUUUAUUCCCUCUGCAACCCCAUAUCAGUCAAAAUAUUUUCCAUCCUAGAUUCCUAACACCGAUGCCCAGGAAGGAAAUGAUUACCUGCUUGGUUGGUCUCCUGCAAAAGCUGGGCUGGGUUCCACCGUCCGAUGAGCUUAAUGAUACCCUUGAAUUUGACAAGAAACCCAAAUCGAUGUCGACUGGAGUUGUCAUGCUCAGCCACUCGUACGGGUCAUUUGUACACUCAUGGUUCCUAAAGGCAUACCCGCACAUGGCCAUACGCUCAUGCUUCGUGGAUCCUGUAGCGAUUUGCUGUUGGGAAGGCGACAUGUGUCAUAACUUCAUAUACAAACCCUGCACUACGGGAUCAGAUCUGUUGAUGAGGUUUUUCGUGGGCACUGAACUUGGAGUCGCAAAUACACUUCAGCGUCACUUUGACUGGGUGUCGAAUUCGCUGUGGUUUGAAGACAUUCCAAACGCACGGGAUCCCGACAAGACGCUUGUGGUAUUAGGAGGUAGGGAUGCCAUCCUCAACGCAGAGCGUGUCAGACGGUACUUAUCCACUCACGGUGUAAGCAAGGGAAUCUACUUUGAUCCAAACGGGGGCCACGGGCAGCCGUUGAUAGCUGAUGGGCUAGGGCAUGACACUAUCACGAAGUGGUUACGGGUAGCAUAGUCUGCACUGCAUUCGUUGGAGCGGCGGGUUAGCUGCGGAAUAUCCCUUGGGCUUCUUAUUGGCACUCCAACGUAUUUGAUAUCCCGGCAUGUUCACGAUUAUCAACACAUGUAUGACCGCGACGUGGCUAUGGGUGAGAACGGUAGACAGAUAUGGUCAACAUGUGGUGAAAUGACUUUUUCGUUUCAAUUUGUGUUACGAUGAUCGACUCC